CGUAUAUUUACGAUUUAUUUAAAUAUUUGAGCUUCUAACAUUAUUUUCACUUAUUCUACUCGCGUUUGAUAUGAAGUUCUCAGACAUCCUUUAUAGUAAAGCACUUUGAGUGACACAUGCGUUACAUAACAAAAUAGAUACCGUAAAAUACCGUAUAGUAAUUCUGCAGCUAGUCCUCAAUGAUUGUUUAAAUGAAAUUGAGAGCCGUACCUUUAGAGGGUCACCUUUUUCAAAUGGAAAUCUGAAUACGACAUCGCGCAUUUCGAAUGAAAUAUCUGUUGCCUAGUCAUAGAAAAUCAACAGUCGCAGUAGAAACCCAAAAAUAACACUGGUUGAAACUGAAAGAUAACUCGUAAAUAUAAAGUUGAGUACUCGUCACCGAUUUGCACACGUUAAAAGAUCUUGAAAACAUUUCCAGAAAGAAGAUGUCGGAUAUAAAUUUGGAUUAUGAUUUUAAAGCUGAGAAUUUGAUUGCUUGUGGAAGAACGACUAAAGAAGCUAUAGAAGAAGUAAGAAACUGGAUACUAAGCCUACAGGACGAAUAUGUACCACGUACAUUACAAGAUGAAAUAAUCGUACUCUUCUUAUUAUCAUGUGACAAUGAUGUGGCUUUGAGUAAAAAAACAAUUAUAAACUUUUAUUCUUUGAAGAAAGAUGCACCUGAACUUCAUGACAACAGAGAUCCGUCACGAAAUGAUAUAAAAUUAGCUUUGGAAAUCGUACAUAUGUCGAGCAUACCAGUACGAACAAAUGACAAUUCUGUAAUUCAUUAUUUCCAUAUACACGAUACAAACUACAAAAAGUUUGAACUGAUCCCUAUACUGAAGUUGACAUAUAUGUUAAUCGAUAUUUCUCAAGAAAAAAAUCCUCCAGAUGGUCUAAUAGCAGUUCUUGAUCUAAAAGGGAUUAAUUUGAUGCAUUUUCUUAAAAUCAAAGUAUGGGUUUUGAAAAAGUAUCUACAAUUUCUCGAAGAAGGAAUGACCAUGAAAAUUAAGAGUAUCCAUAUUCUGAAUUCAGCUUAUUUUAUUGAUAAAUUAAUGGCAAUUGUUAAAAGUAUUGUAAAGAACGAAUUUCUAAAUAAGAUACACAUUCAUCAAUCAGACCUAGAACAGGAAGUAUUGUUCCAAUUAAUACCAAAGAAAUGCUUGCCAAAGGAAUACGGUGGAGAUCUCCCAUCUAAAUACGAAUUGCAUCAAAAAACAAUAGAGCAGUUUAAAAGGAAACAGUAUUUUUGGAAUGCCGAAGAGCAGUUACGAAAAUCAGCUCAUAAAGAAUAAGGGCUCUAUUCAUUUAGAAAUUCUUCAUCACAAUAUGACUGACUUAUUAGAUAGAUGAUAUGGUUUGGAGAAUAGAAUAAACUCGAGCAUUUGAUUAACAAUAAAAUUUUAUUCAAA